UGCUUUCUGUUAUGCCUUGCAGUCCAUGUUGCAGUCCUCAUCUCCUUGGGGUUAAUUGACAUUUAGAGCCGCUAAAUUAAAAUGCCUCGCCCUCUACUUCUCAGGACUUUCGUGAACGAGCGGCUGUCAGCUGCCGCCGAGGAAAUCAUUCAGGUUUUUGAAAGCACGAUAGCAAAAUAUGAAGAGGAAGCAUCCAGCUCAAAGCAGGAGAAUGAGCGGCUCAGAGGUCUGCUGCGGGAGGUUAUGUCAAAACAGAAAGCAGAGCCGACGCAGUUAUCCGUCUAUAAAGAGCACAGUCCGCUGGAGCAGAGUCGGUGUGAGCAGGAGCCGAGCACCUGCAUCCAUCAGGGCGACCCAGAGCUUCGACACAUUAAAGAGGAAGAUCAUGAACUCUGGGCUGGUCUUCAGCAAGAGGAACAGCAGGCAGUGGAGUUUAAGGACGCCGAUGUCUUAUUCCCUCUUCAAAAUGAGCAGGAAAAUACAAAACUGUCUUUCCACUCUCAUAUGCAAAACUGUGAGCGAGGGGAGGUGUUUCAGCAGCUGCAGGACACUAAAACUGUAAAGUUUCCCGACUCGGUUGCGUCUUCACAGACUCUGGUCCAUAAUGUCCCAGAGGGAAGGGAAAGUGACAGAUAUGCAGCAAGUUUCACAUCAGAACAAACACAGACAGAACAAAGUCCGUCCUUUGCAACUACCAGAGAACCUACAGAUUUAUCUUUUUUAAACUCAGAUGAUUAUCGUUGCUAUUUGUGCAGCAGAGCUUUUUCCUCCAAUCUGCGCUUGAUAAAUCAUGCUUUCCAAGAGCAUUCAAAAAAUGCGGGCGUCCUGUGUGCCGUGUGCGGGACAUCCCUGGAGUCCAGCGAAAGUCUCAGCCUGCACCUCAAAUCGCACAAGGGCUCUAAAUGCUGUGUGUGCGGCAAACACUUCAAGAGCAGGACCUCUCUGACUGAACACAUGGCCGGCCACAGCGGGGUGAAACUCCAUCGCUGCCACGUUUGUGGGAGAGAGUGCAGCCGCAAAGGAGAUUUGAAGAUCCACAUGAGGAUACACACGGGCGAGAAGCCUUUCUGCUGCUCCGUCUGCUGCAAAGGUUUCACCCACAGUGGACAUCUGAAGAAGCACAUGAGAAGCCACACGGGAGAGAGACCGCAUCACUGUGAUGUCUGCGGCAGAGGGUUUCUGCAGAGCGCGCACCUGAAAUACCACUUAAAGACUCACACUCAGAAACACUGACUUCUGACCACUUCUGAGGCCUUAUUUAUUGAACAAACAGAAACUGAGAGUAAAAGAGUUCUUCACAGUGUAACACUUGAGCAGCAAGUGUAAAACAAACCGUUAAAAAAACAUUUAAAUAAUGUUUCAGAGCCUGUCUCAGGUUAAUCAUUUGUUCUGAGCAGGAAUACUCACUUUAUUUAGUCUGAAAGACUAUUUUUCAGUAGUAAUACAUUUGAUAAAUAGCAUUUAUUGUUAAAUUUACUCAGGUUACAGGCUCUGAAAUAUAUUUUUUCUUCCUAUUCAUUGUUGACAUGACCUGUGCUCUGGUUGCUGGUUUGAAUAUGUGAAGUUAAUAGUGUGGAUUAAUGAGGAAUAAUAAUGAUAUGGGUAAUUACA